ACACUUUUAAUUUAACGUGGACUCACCCUCCGGAAAAUCUUCCUUUCGAAAGGAAUCUUGUCUGUCCUUCACUCAGAUCAAAGCGACUACUUGUUUAGUUACUUUAAAUGUUCUUAAAGAGUUGAUUUGGUGGGUCACGAUUCUUACCCGCGAUCUAUGUCGUUCGUUGGCAGACGAACAAGUGUUGGUCGGUUUGCUAGGGACAGCUUAGUCAGUAAUGACUUAGUGCAAUCAAUAAACCUUGAAGUGUAUCAAAGCAAGUAUGUUUUCGAAAUCGCUUGGGAAGUAGUCAAUAAAGUUGGUGGAAUAUAUACUGUUAUCCGAACCAAAGCUGCGUCAACAGUUGAAGAACUUGGUGACCGUUAUGUGCUUAUAGGGCCGCUUAAUGAAGUGUGUAUGAGAACAGAGGUUGACGUUGCUGAACCAACUAAUGAGGCUUUGAAACGAACACUUGAAGCAAUGCGGGAACAUGACAUAAAGAUUGUUUUUGGUCGAUGGCUUAUCGAGGGUUAUCCCAACGUCGUCUUGUUUGAUAUAGGAUCUUCUGCUUGGCGGAUCGAUUCAUGGAAAAAGGAGCUAUGGGAAUCAUGUAACAUUGGUGUACCAGUUCAUGAUAGUGAAUGUAAUGAUGCUGUCAUUUUUGGUGGACUUGUUGCCUGGUUUCUGAAAGAAUUUGCUGAAAAUGUCCAGGAAUUGGAAACAGAUCCUCAACCACCGAUUAUCGCACAUUUCCACGAAUGGUUGACAAGCGUUGGCCUAAUAUUUACACGUACACGUCAUCUGCCGGUUGCUACAGUGUUCACGACACAUGCAACACUUUUGGGUCGUUACUUGUGUGCAUCUUCUGUAGACUUAUAUAACCAUCUUCCAAAGUUUGAUCUCGAUAAGGAAGCUGGUGACCGUAAUAUUUACCAUCGUUAUUGUCUUGAACGUGCUGGUGUUCAUUGUGCACAUAUAUUUACAACCGUGAGUAAAAUAACUGGUCUGGAAAGUAAAUAUCUUUUACGAAGAGAACCAGAUGUUAUCACUCCAAAUGGUCUGAAUGUGAUUAAAUUUGCUGCUCUUCAUGAAUUCCAAAAUCGUCAUGCAUUAGCAAAAGAAAAAUUGAAUCAGUUCAUUCAAGGACAUUUCUAUGGACAUUAUGAUUUCGAUUUGGACAAAACACUAUACUUUUUUAUUGCUGGACGUUAUGAAUUUCAAAACAAGGGUGCUGAUAUAUUUAUUGAGUCACUGGCUCGUCUUAAUCAUCACUUAAAGCAAGCUCAAGUUGAUGUCACUGUUGUGGCUUUUCUCAUCUUUCCUGCGCACACAAAUAGCUUCAAUGUUGAUUCUUUUCGUGCACAAGCUAUAGUAAAGCAAUUGCGUGAAACAGUGAAUUCAAUUCAAUGUGAAAUGGGACAUCGUUUAUUCGAAGUUUGUUUACGUGGACGUAUUCCCCAAGGAUCAGAUCUACUAACUCAGGGUGAUAUAUACCGUCUUAAACGUUGUAUAUACGCUACACAGAGAAAUAAUUUACCUCCCAUUUGUACACAUAAUGUUGUUCAAGAUAAUAUUGAUUUAGUUCUGUGUAAUUUACGUCGAUGUCAGUUAUUUAACGAUCGUCAUGAUCGUGUUAAGGUAAUUUUCCAUCCUGAAUUCUUGAGUUCCACUAAUCCAUUAUUGCCAAUGGAUUAUGAAGAGUUUGUACGAGGUUGUCAUUUAGGUGUAUUUCCUUCUUACUAUGAACCAUGGGGUUAUACACCAGCUGAAUGUACCGUAAUGGGUAUUCCUUCUGUAACUACAAAUCUUUCUGGAUUUGGUUGCUUCAUCGAAGAACACGUAGAAGAUCCUAAAUCUUACGGAAUAUACAUUGUUGAUCGUCGUUAUCAAAGUUGUGAAGAAAGUAUUCAACAGUUAACUAAGGUAUUUUCAUAGAAAUCUAUGUGUUAAUGCCAGUACUUGAUCGAAUUCUGUCAGUAUUCCCGACGCCAACGUAUUGUUUUACGAAAUCGUACUGAACGAUUAAGUGAACUAUUAGAUUGGAAAAACCUUUCAUCGUACUACAGACGUGCUCGUUUAUUGGCGUUAAAGAAUUUUGCACCUGAACUUUUCACAUCUAAUAAUAAUGAUGAUGCUUUAUCUGCUCGUAGUUUCCAUGUUAGUCGACCAUAUUCAGCUCCUGCAUCUCCAUCAGUAUCUGGUCAGUCUACUCCAUUGCCAAGUGUCGGUGCAUACAGUUCUGAUCGUAGCAGUCCUACAUCUCAUUUGGAUGCUGAUGAAGUGGAUGAUGAUUCAGAACGAAUAGAACUAGGUCUUAGAACAAUAGACUUAAAUGAUGGUGUCCCAGCAUGAAAAUAACAUUAUCUUGUUAAUUGGAUACACUUCCAAAAUGUACUUAUUUUUGUUUCAUCUUCGAUAUUUUAUCUUUUAUUUGUAGAGUUUACUGAUUUAGUACUUGUGUCAUUACAUACAACCUAUAUUCAUUUCCUCUUAUUUCACUUAAUUUUCUUUUCAUGAUGCCUAAGUUUAUUUCAUAUUUUUAAUAUGUCAUUGCAUAGCCGAAGGUGACUAUCAUCACUAAUCCUUUUUGUUUUCCUCGUAUAGCUGUGUUAUUGAUAAUUGAAGUGUUAAAUAAUAUCUGUUUACUGAUUUUUGCAUGUAAAAUUGUUUAUUCUCCUUUACAUAUAUUAUCACUGUCAUUAUUAUCAUGGUCAUUUUUGAUCAUUUUGCCAACCUAGUCGUGAUUUUGAAUUGUUUUUCUUUGGGAUCAUCUAUUUUUUUGUUUUCCUAAUUUUAACAUCUUUUCCUGUCUCCUUUUUUUGUGUUGACCAUGAAAAGAACUGCGUAUACACAAUAGUUCUGUUUGUAUUACUCUCUUAGUGAACUAUCGUAUUUCUUUGACUUGCCAUUGAAAAGACUGUCUUCCUUUUUUAUGGGAUUUUUUUUUGUUUUGCAUGACUUUUUCUAGGUGAUCAUUACUUUGAAAUACACUCCAUCAUUAAUGUAAUUGUACUCCUUUCAUAUAGUUUAUAUGUGGAAAUAAUCAACAUUUAGUAAGU